UGCAGGCCGCGCGCCCUCGGGCUGGAAAAUAGCGCCGGGGCGCGGUGCGCAGGCGCGCUGGCCGCCCCCUCCGCGCUCUUCCAAAGUCGCUCUUCCUAGCACAACUCCUCUGACUUUCCCGGGUCGCAACGGCAGCGCCGGCGUCGGGGCUGGACAGGGUGCAAUGUCUGACCAAGAGCGCAUACAAGAAUGCCUGAGGAAAGAAAUAAGGUCCCUUCUCAUUUCCGCCAAAGAUGGUUUGACCCCGCAGCAGUUGGAAAAGGAGUACCUUUUGAUGGUCGGGAGCCAUUUACCGCUCCGGAUCCUUGGGUAUCGGUCCACAAUGGAGUUGGUGAUGGACAUGCCUGAUGUUGUCAGUAUCUGCCCUUGUGGGGAUGGAACUGUAAUACUGAAAGCCAUUCCAGAUGAAUCCACCAGAGGAAUAGCAAGUUUAGUUGCAAAACAGAGGAGCAGUCAUAAAGUUCGCAACUCUAUGCAGAAGGGAAGGGCCAGUGUUUGCUUGGGGCCAAGCUUCCAUUGGCAAGUACCUUACCGAGGAAGGGUGCCCCCUAUUCUGCCAGCUGUUGUGAAGAGUGAGUUGAAGGACCUCCUGGCGUUAUCUCCUGUUCUCCUUUCUGAUUUUGAAAAGGCAUUUGCCAAGCGAUUUGGACGCUCGUUCCAGUACAUGCAGUAUGGCUUCCGGUCUAUGUUUGAAGUGCUGAAUGCCGCUUCAGAUGUCAUUUCUGUAGAGCAGACCAGAGCGGGCUCCUUGCUGAUGCUAAAGAAGAGCAUGUCCGAGGAAAAGCAGAGAGGGUGGCCAGCAGAAGGUAAAAGUUUUACCCAGCCUUUCAGGAUGAAACCAGAAGGGUCAAACCCCCCAGGCUUCCCAGUGGCAAGGGCACGCUUUGCACGACCCAGUUUAAACAUGGAACCAGUGAAGCAAGUACUGAACGUGAAAAAGACUUCUGAGUCCAAUGCAGCGGAGACGUCAGGGCUGAAUCACGCUGAAAAAUUAAACCAGUUGGAGAACACCUUCAAAUCAGUUAUUGCACAGAUUGGACCUGGAGGCACUAUCCAUCCAGAACUAAAACAUAAGAUAAAAUUUGUUGUGUCCAAGUUUCCAGAGGGAUUGCUUAUUUCUAAACUGCUUAGAGAGUUUGAGGUAGUUUUUAAAGAGCAACUUUCACCAAAAAAAUUGGGCUUCUUAAAUGUGAUAGAACUCGUUGGGGCUCUUAGUGACAUUCUCUACGUGGAGUUCAGGGAAGGAGAGCAAGACCUACUGCUGUUUGAUGCUGAUCUGAAGCCCCUACCACGUGAUGGAGCGGUUUCGUCAGUGAGAAAUACAGGUUUCCUUCAAUCAGAUAAGAAAAUAGAAGCCAAAACCUGUGUCUCUAGUCCCCCUAGAAAUGCAUCGUCUGCUGCUGCUCUUAAGGAGAACCCGUGGGCUUGGUCUUUUAAAAACCAUAAGGAGCCGGAACAGAAGGUUUACAAGAAACCUAACCUGGUGGUGAAGCCUCUACAGCUGCAAGUGGAAAUUGACAGAUCACAGCUCAGCAUGGCAGUGGCCAGUCACGACAUCCCGCCGGACGCUGUUCGGGACGAGAAGCUGUGCAGACUGCCACCGUUGGACACCAGCAGCCUCGUGGGGGUCUUUGUGGAGUACAUCAUCUCUCCUGGUCAGUUCUACGUCCGGAUCUACAGCCGGGACUCCUCGGAGUUACUUGAAGACAUGAUGAUUGAAAUGCGGCGCUGUUACUCCAAUCAGCUGGUUUCCGAUCGAUACAUCAUGCCAGAACAUUUUGUCCACCCGGGACAUCUCUGUUGUGUGAGGAUUUCGGAGGAUAAGUGGUGGUAUCGGGUCAUUGUCCACCGAGUCCUCGGGAAACAGGAAGUCGAAGUGUUCUACCCCGACUUUGGCAAUAUUGGAACUGUCCAGAAGUCCUCCCUGAGAUUCCUCAAGUGCUGCUACACAAAGCUUCCAGCCCAGGCUAUUCCUUGCUCUUUGGCUUGGGUGAGACCAGUAGAGGGAUACUGGACAUCCACAGCUAUUUUGCAGUUCCAGAAGUUGUGCGGCUUGAAGCCGUUAGUGGGGGUAGUGGACGAAUACAUCGAUGGGAUCCUCAACAUUUUCCUCUGCGACACGUCCUCGAACGAAGAUGUCUAUUUCCACCACGUCCUGAGGGCAGAGGGCCAUGCCAUUGUGUGCCGAGAAAAUGUCCCUUCUAAGGGUUUCAGUGAGCUCAACCUGUUAGCUUUAUACACGAAGCCCAGCGCCGGGCUGGAGGAUGCUGUCUUGACAGAACUGGCCUGUCCCUCCCAGCACCACUACUUUAAGGAAGUCCAGGAGAUAAGCCCGAAGUCAAAAGAGGGCUAUUUAUAUACUCCGCAGAAUAUUAAUGAUGAAAAGGCUGUCAUUGACCUUAAAUAUGAGUCAGAGAAGCCUUUAAAGGAUUCCGAAUGCAGCCCUUUGAAAGCCCAAGAUAAGAGCUAUAAGGAAGAUGCAAAGUGCUCCAUCUCAGAGCUAAAGGAUCUGAAGGAAGAGACCGAGGACGAGCUCCUCACUGGAAUGCCGUGCCUGGAGUCAGUGACCAUAGGUGACGAUGUCUGGGAUGAGAACUGGCUGCCCUCGCGAGCUAAGGUGGGAAUAGGCGGUGACGCUGCCUCCCACGGACUUACCUCCGGCCACGGUGGAAAGAAGCCGCACCAGUCACAUAAAGAAACGCCAGAGAAGGACUGGUGUUCUCCUACACAAGAUAUAUGGGAUGAUUCAUGUCAGCCUUUAGGCUUUGAGAACAGAAUGCAAGUCCAAGCUCAGGAACCAGGAGGACUGGGCGCUCAGGAAAACAGUACCGGCACACCCAGGAUUCAGAAGCAGCCACAGUUGGAAGGUUCUUCUGAUUCUUCUGCGUUGCCCGAGCUGGAGGACUUCUACGUGUCCCUUGUCCAGUCCCAGCAGCUGGCCGCCGGGAGCCAGGGCGAGCCUCCGGGUUCCCAGACGCAGCCCGGGCCGGCUCCGCGCUCUGCCGCAGCCCUCGAUGGAGCUCCCUGCGCGGUGGAUCCCCCAGAACGGCGCCCCGGUUCGGUGGAAAGCUCUCCCGGGAGCCUAAAGAAUGAAGACUUUUCUAGCAGCCACGCUCUCACCGUGUUCACAGAUACGAGCCAUGGAGCCAUGGACCAGCUUUCUCUGAUUUUGUCUCCUGAGCCCCAGAUUUCUCAGAAAUUCUACAUUCCUCGAAGCACGGCCACCGCAGCCUUAGGAGCUGCUGCCCGCUUAGCCACAUCCAGGAGCUUCCUACACUGGUGCCCCAGCGUGAAGAGGACGGAGGCCUGAGCGGGGAGCAGCAGGGAGCCCGCUGCUUCGGCUUGGGCUUGCUCAGGCCCAGGCCGGGAGGACUAACUGAGAAAAGAGCAGUUUUUGGUGGCGGGGUCCUGUUCUCUGUGUUAACAGUCCCGUUUGUUGUGUAAGUGUUGGUUUCUGUUGUUCAUCUAAAUAUUUUUAUUGACAGUGUUUCUUAUUCUGUAUAGUUUUACACCCUUCUUUGAUGUAGUUAACGGAGCUUUUAUUAUUUUUUUUAUGUUGCUAUAAAUGUUUUUCUUGUGCCUAUCAUGACUGAUAAAUGGAAACUGAAAAACCAAUGUUUUGUGAUCCAUAUUGAGUAAGAUAAAAAUGACCUCGUAGCCCUAUUUCCAAAACAAGGAUGCCCAAACUUUAAAGCUGCUUUUUCUCUUUGAAAUCUUUUAGCUCAGAGAAAGAAUUCAGGGCUCGAAUUCUUACCAUGAUUAUUUCUUUGAAGUUCUGGGAGCAGCAAGGAAAUCUAUACCUGCAGCUUUGGGCAUAUACAUACUUUUACAUUAAAAAUAAUUCAGCCGCCUCUCAGUAUCAGGCAAUACCUGGGAGACUAGUAACAAAAGUAGAGACGGAUUGUUGGAACUCAGCCGAGCCGUCCCUGCAGUCCUCACGGUUCCCAGGAGCCUUCGUGUGGCCGCAGUUCGACAGCGGCAGGUACACAUUUAUGUAAUGUGGUCUCUGCAGCCCGCUCGCAUGACACCUUACAUGACGUUCUGUUCAGCUCAUAGUGUAAACCAUCAAGAGAAAAGAAAAACCUGAAAAGCAAAAUUGAGCAACGUAAGUGGUAUUAAUUUAUCUGUGGUAAAAUACUAGACUUCCCCCCCAAAUUAAAAAACCCAACACAGAAACACUUCUUAGACAUAAAGGCAGAGAAAUAGGUGUGACUUACUGGCCACUGCAUGUAACUAGGUCCUCGCCCUCCCGGUCUCUCUCCUGUGGCCUCCCAUUUCCGCACUGAAGGGGAGAGUUGCCCCGAGUUCGUUCUCUUUUCUACAACAAGGAAUCUCCCCUCUUCCUUCUCAACUACGUAACCAGCGAAAUGUCCAGUGAGGAAGGGAGAGAGAUGAGAGUGGGUAUAGAAGUGCAUUUAAGUUUAAAACCUUACUGGUUGAGACUUCUUUCUUA